AUGUCCCUGAGAACACCAAAGAAGACCCAGUCAACAACCUCAAGUGGGUUCUCUUCUACUCCAACUCAUAAUAAUCAUGGUGAUUCAAUCUUGGAUAGUAGAAAAAGACAAUCUAAAAGAGAUGAAGCUAUUAGACGUCGUAUUGAAAAUGAUUUGAGUAAGAAAAGAUAUGGUACUAAAGGUUCAAGUGGUGGUGCUGCUGGUGCUGGUACUAGUGGUAAAAAACGCUCAAGACAUAGUCAACCUGGUUCAGUCUUAUCUUUGAAACCUUCUGAAGCUGUUGUUUGUAAACCUUCAUUUACUGCUUAUGAAGCUGCACAAUUAAUGAGUGCUAAACGUGAAAAUUGUAUCUUGGUUAUUGAUGACGAUGAAAGAUUAUUAGGGAUCUUCACUGCUAAAGAUUUAGCUUUUAGAGUUGUUAGUAAAGGUUUAAAAGCUGGUAGUGUUACUAUUGAUCAAAUUAUGACUGAAAAUCCAUUAUGUGCUACAUCAAAUACACCUGCUUCUGAAGCUUUAAAUUUAAUGGUUGAAAGAGGAUUUAGACAUUUACCUGUCCUAGAUGAAAAUAAUUUUAUUUAUGGUGUCUUGGAUAUUACAAAAUGUUAUCAAGAAGCUAUGGAAAAAUUAGAAAGAAUGUAUGAAUCUUCCAAAAAAUUACAUGAUGCUUUACAAGGUGUUCAAUUAGAAAUUGGUUCUCAACAACAACCAUUACAAGUCAUUCGUUAUUUUGAAAAUUUAAAAUCUGUUAUGAAUGGUCCAACUUUAGAAUCUGUUCUUGAUGAAAAUUCAUUACCUUCUUAUGUUAAUGUUAAAACAAGUGUUUAUGAUGCCGCUGUCUUAAUGAAGGAAAAUCAUACUACUGCUGUCUUGGUUAAAGAUUCAAAUAAUGAAGAUGUUAGUGGGAUUUUCACUUCAAAAGAUGUUGUCUUAAGAGUUAUUGCUGCAGGAUUAGAUCCAAAAACAGUUUCAGUUAUUAGAGUUAUGACUUCACAACCUGAUGUUGCACCAAAAAAUUUAACAAUUCAACAAGCUUUAAGAAAAAUGUUUGAUGGUCAUUAUUUAAAUUUACCAAUUGUAGAAGAUGAUGAAAUUAUUGGUAUUGUGGAAGUUUUAAAAUUAACUUAUGCAACAUUAAAUCAAAUUUCUUUAAUGAAUUCAAAUGAAUCCAAUGGUAAUGGUGAAGAACAAGAAGGUCCUGCAUGGAAUAAAUUUUGGACAUCAUUGGAUAAUGAUACUGAAUCAUUACAUAGUGAUUCUCAAUUAGAUAAUGGUAGUCAAAUUAUUCCAGAUAUUAGUCAAUCAGAAAUUAAUCAAUUUAGUUUAAAUCAAAUAAAUACAAAUGAUAAUUUAGGACCAAAUGAUUCAGUUAGUGCAACUAAUGAAUUGACUGGUAAUAAUAAUGGUGGUGGUGGUGUUAAUGGUUCAACAAUUACAUCAAAUUUAAAUAAUAAAGAAUUGAUUAAAGAACAAUUUUUCGCUUUUAAAUUUAAAUCACCAAAUGGUAGAAAUCAUAGAAUUAAUUUAAAACCAAUUGAAGGGAUUGAAGAAUUAAUUUCUCAAAUUAAAAUAAAAUUAACAACUCAAGAAUUUGAAACUUUAACUCAAGGUUAUGAAAAUUUUGCAAUAAGUUAUAUUGAUGAUGAAAAUGAUAUAGUUGCAAUAACAAAUGAUCAAGAUUUAUUAGAUUGUGUUUUAAUUAAUAAAAAUUCUAAUCUUGAUAAAGCUGAUUUAUUUAUUCAUAAUCAUGGUGUUGAUAUUAAUUUACAAGAUUUUCAAAAUCAAAAAAAGAAAAUUCAAAAAGAAGAACAACAACAAAUUCAAUCAAAUGAAAUCAUACCAGGUUUAUCAAAUGAAAUUUUAAUUGGUACUGUUGGUUUAAUACUUGGUGGUGCUUUAUUAACUGUUUUCACAUUAAAUAAGAAAUAA